AUGAUGACUCUGGAUUCUGAAUGGCACGUUAACGAUAGCCUUCUGCCUGAUCUCUUCGAUGGUAAUCCUGUACCGACUGAUAGGAAAAAGCUGGAAAGAAAACUGUGCGAUUCUGAUAUCCGUGACUUCGCUCUUCCUUGCCUUUCCAGCUGCAUGACGAAAGACGCACUUGCUGGUCCAGUUGUUCUUCAGCUUACUCGGUACAGGAAUGUAUCUCAACCCAAAGUCAAGGAAGACUUUCGGAGCGAAGGUGACAUAGUGAGAUUAUCGCUAACGGAUGGACACACUUCCAUUUCUGCCAUUUUGUUAGACAACAUCAAAGGAAUUAGUGCGGAUACGCCGCCAGGUACGAAGUUGCUGAUUGCUACAAAAGUUCCAGUCGAGUGCGGAUUUGUUCUCCUUUCUGCUUCGGACGUCGUCAUUAUUGGAGGACGUGUUGAGAAAUUAAUAGAAAAAUGGAUGAUCGAGCGCCACACUGGUGGUGAAGCUGAAAGGGGAGGAAGAUCCGAUAGCAAAGCACCGAAAUGGGUGUCCUUUGGCAAAGGGAAGUCAGCAGUUGAAGUGACUCCAAAGGAUUUCAAGGCAAAUGAUGCUUUGCGAGCAACAAAUAAAAAGGAUUCGGAGGAGCAGACCAGCUUUGAUAUUCAACGCCAAGAAAAUAUUGACGCUGUUGAGGAGGGAACUGUCAAAGCUUUCACUGUUCCGAAGAUCCAGCUUCCUGUUAAAACUGUGCAAGAAUCAACUGUACCUAGAAAGACGCGAAUAUCAGCCGUCAGUGAUAGAGGUCACGAUCGUCGAAUGAAAAAGAGAAGAGGGCGAGGCAGAGAAGAUAGUGACGACGAAGAGUUCGCUCGACCAUCCAAGCCAUCUACCCUUUUUGACUUUGUUGCAACCAACGUUUCAGAAAAAACCACAGAAAUUUCCGAGGGUCAACCGCCUAAUCACAACUACAACUCUGAGGGGAACAGAGAUCACAACUCACUGCAGUUCAGUUCAAAUAGAAGGAGUUUCCUUGGAGAAAAAUCAAAUUCUGGGAGCGAACGGAAAUGGAAUCCACAGAAGGGAACUAGUUCGUUGACUCCUAAAUUUAAUGGUGGGAAUAAAGGAAAGCAACGAAGUACAAAUCAAGGAGAACGAAGAGGUCCAAGGCUUCAGGAAGAACAAUGGAAUCAAAGGAACAAGCAGCAGCAAUCAACGCAGCAGGCGAAUUCGCAAAGGGUAGCAAAUAAGUUCGCGAAUUCUGCACGGAGCUACCCCUCACAAGAUUAUGGGCGUAAUUUUGUGAACGAACGAAAUUCAAUGCCAACGCAAAUCUCUCAUAAGUUCGGAGGACAGAGCAUUGUUCCUUAUACGUCAAUGAAAAACAUGGUUCCUCUCACUGAUGAUGCAACACAAGCAUUUUCCAAUAUGCGAAUUAGUAACGGCCCAAGGAAUGAUGCUCCCAACAGAACUUUUCCUCCACCUAUCCAGCAUUUCGGAAGAAAUCAAAAUACUCUCCCGCAGUGGAAAGUUGGAGAUCAAUGCAAAGCGCCAUGGACAGACGGAUCGUACUAUUUGGCUACAGUCGUGAAUCUUGGUCCAGCAGAUAUGUGUGUUGUUCGCUACAAUGAAUAUGGGAAUAUAAUGACGGUACCACAAGCAGUUCUACUGUUAGUGUGA